AGGCUCUCGCCUCCCCCAGCCUCCCGGAGAUGCGCGAGAUGCUGCUGAUGCUGAAGAGAGAGAAGGAGGAGAGAGAGAAAAGAGAGAGAGAGAGAAAAGAGAGGGAGAGAGAAAGAGAGAGAAAUAGCCAGAGAGAGCGAGAAAGGGCGAGGGAGAGGGAGAGAGAGAAGGAAAGACAGAGAGUAAGGGAGCAAGCAAGUCUGCCGCAGCAACCGAAGGGCUCGAACCUUUCCGGAGGAGAGCGAACAUCCAUUAAUCCGUCAGGGUCACCAUAGAACGCCUGCGGUAACACCGGGAGAGAGAGGACCGGAAUAAACUGUCUCGCUUCCGGACAUUGCCGAAAAGACUGAGACCAGAAACAACGGACAAGACCCCUGUCACCAUGAGGAACAACUGACCCACCUAAACAACGGCGGCAGACAGAAAGAGGGAGAAAAGAGAGAGAGAGAGAGAGACACUUUUAUUUCAUUCUAUUCUCUCUCCCGCUCAACCCAGCUUGACAAGGAUUCAUGUCGGACCUCAGAAUGUCCGGCCUGCGUAGUAAGUUGCAGCGGAUCCAGUGGGGGGCCGGAUGGCAUUCGUUCACCUCCAGAGUCCUCCGGACAAAACCCGUAGAGAGCAUGUUGGACUCUGGCGCUGGUGGUACCAGUAGCCAUGGCACCAGACUGGCGAAGGUGUUGUCGACGGUCGACCUCGUGUCGCUAGGGGUUGGCAGCUGCGUGGGCACGGGGAUGUAUGUGGUCUCCGGGCUGGUUGCUAAGGAGAUGGCUGGACCUGGUGUCAUUGUCUCCUUUAUCAUCGCAGCUGUGGCGUCCAUAUUGUCAGGAGUGUGUUAUGCAGAGUUCGGGGUGCGCGUUCCCAAGACAACAGGUUCAGCCUACACCUACAGCUACGUCACGGUGGGAGAGUGUGUGGCCUUUUUCAUUGGCUGGAACCUCAUCUUGGAGUACCUGAUUGGUACAGCCGCAGGGGCGUCGGCACUCAGCAGCAUGGCCGACUCGCUAGCCAAUAAGACCAUCUCUACCUUUAUGAUAACGCACAUCGGAACGCUCAAUGGCCUGGGUAAAGGAGAGCAGUCUUAUCCAGACCUCCUGGCCUUGCUGAUAGCCAUGCUGGUGACGGUGAUUGUGGCGCUGGGCGUGAAGAACUCUGUGGGCUUUAAUAAUGUGUUGAAUGUCAUCAACCUGAUGGUGUGGGUCUUCAUGAUGGUCGCCGGGCUCUUCUUCGUCAACGGGCACAACUGGGAUGAAGGAAGGUUCCUACCCUUCGGUUGGUCAGGGGUGAUGCAAGGGGCGGCCACCUGUUUCUACGCCUUCAUAGGGUUUGACAUCAUCGCCACGACAGGCGAGGAAGCGAAGAGUCCCAACACCUCCAUACCCUAUGCUAUAACUGCCUCGCUCAUCACCUGCCUCACAGCGUACGUCUCUGUCUCAGUAAUUCUGACUCUGAUGGUUCCCUACACAGAGAUCGAUGCGGACGCUCCGCUAAUGGAGAUGUUUUCUAUCCACGGAUGUUAUUUCGCUAAGUACAUAGUAGCAGUGGGUUCUGUCGCUGGCCUGUCAGUCAGUUUACUGGGAUCUCUGUUCCCUAUGCCCAGAGUUAUCUAUGCCAUGGCUGGAGACGGUCUGCUCUUCAGGUUCCUGGCCCAUGUCUCUCCCUACACAGAGACUCCAGCGGUAGCGUGUGUAGUGUCUGGCUCUCUGGCUGCUCUCCUCUCUCUCCUCGUCUCCCUGCGUGACCUCAUAGAGAUGAUGUCCAUAGGAACACUACUGGCAUACACACUUGUCAGCGUGUGUGUGUUGUUGCUGCGCUACCAGCCCGAAUCAGACAUCCAUGGCUUUGUGAACUUCUUGUCUGAAGAGCAGUCCAAUAAGAAGAAGGAGGGCGUGUUGGCUGAGUGCGACAAGGAGGUGUGUUCUCCGAUCAGUGACGGAGAUGACUACGGAGGUCCACAAACGAACACCUGUGGAGCUAAAAAUCUCCCGUCACUAGGCGACAACGAGAUGCUGAUUGGUAAACCAGAUAAAACCAGUUACACUGCCAGCCACCCCAACUACGGCACCGUCGACAUGGGUUCCGGUAUCGAAUCAGAGGAGUCGGAGGGAGGGAUGUCGUGGAGGCUGAAGAAGCUGAUUGGUCCGCGAUACUACACCAUGAGGAUUCGAUUGGGCCUGCCAGGGAAGAUGGACCGGCCCACUCCGGCCACCGGGAAGACUGUUACUGUUUGUGUCCUCCUCCUCUUCCUCGUUGUCUUCAUCUUCAAUGCCUUUAUCAUCUUUGGUGCAGACAGCAUCGGUGUUGGGAGCUGGUGGGCUCUGCUCCUGCUUGGCUUCCUAGCAAUCUUCAUGGCCCUCCUCAUCAUUAUCAUCCUCCAACAGCCUGAGAACCCCAAGCGCCUUCCCUACAUGGCCCCGGCUGUGCCCUGGGUGCCCGCGGCCGCCAUGCUGGUCAACAGCUACCUGAUGUUAAAACUGUCUGCCAUCACAUGGAUACGCUUCACCAUUUGGUGUUUUAUCGGGGUUCUGAUCUACUUCGGUUAUGGCAUGUGGAACAGCACCCUGGAGAUCCGGUCCAAGGAGCAGGAGGUUCAUGCUUCCACGUACCAGCGUUACGAUGGUCACCAUGCCGGGGUAGACGACGGCUUCUCUGGCUUCAGCGUGGACGACGACCUUCCCCCGCCCAGCAACAACGACCCCUGGGCGGCACCAGGCGCUGUUGACGGGUCCGCGUUGUCACCCCCCAAGGCCGAGGAUGGUGACUGGACGGAUCCGAAGGGAGGAACGAAGAACAGAGCGCUUGCAGAGGAGGACCCUAUGGAUUUCUGAAGCGGCAGAAGAAGCGGGAUGCGGAUGUUUCUGAGUGGACUAAUAGAUGUUAUUGUUGUUAACACCUGAAUGUACUGCCUACUGUCGGCUGCCUGCUUGCUAGUGUGCUGAGUCUGUGUGUGCGUGUGUGUGCGCGUGUGCGCGUGUGUGAGUGUGUGAGUGUGAAUGUGUUUGUGUGUGUGUGUGUGUGUGUGUCUUCUGUUUCUUACAGCACAUUCGGUUGUAUCACAUCCACUUCUUUUCAUUUCUACUUUUCAAAAGAAUAGAAUGUCCUGUUGAGGAAAAGUUAUAGCUUACAGAUCCCAAACAGGAGCUGGGUGCCUGGGUUGGUAGGGUAAUGGGAAUUUAGAGCGUGUGUUUCCCACUCACUAUAGACAGUCCAGAAUGAUGAGGGACUGGGAGAGUUGAGUCAGCACUUCCUGGUUCACCAUGCACACAGGAAUCUGUCAGAGAUUCCUGAGCCAAGGUCAAUUCCUUUUAGUGGUCUAGGUGUCUCUGCUGCUCCUCUUAUCGCACAAACAGGAAACCAGCUACACAGAUGCAGACAGACAGACAGACAGGCAGACAGGCGCGCACACACACACACACACAGACACCUCCUGUCUCCAUCUAGAAGAGGGGUAUGUUUUUGGUGUCACACAAUAAUUGGACUUUGCUUGCAGGAGUGCCUUCACCUGUAUGUAAAUGUGUAUGUGUGUUUUCUUUUGUUUGUAUGCUUGUUUUUGUGUAUUAAUUUUUCUAUCUGUGUGAGGACCAAAAGCAUAGUGGAAUGAGUAGGAUCGUGGGAAGUGAGGUCAUUUGACAAGUCCUUUCACUUUCUAGAGUUGGGGUUACGAUUACAGGUAGAAUUAGUAUUUGGCAUUAGGGGUUAGUUGGGAGUUAGGGGUUGGUUUAGUUUUAGGUUUAAAGUUAUGUUUAAGGGUUUGGGUUAAAGUACUACAUUUUCGGUCCUCACAAAAACAGCAAAAUGGGUAUGCGUGUGUGUGUGUAUGUGUGUGAUUGUUAUACACUUUUACACAUUCUUUCUAUAUUCCAUUCUAGGUCUUUGUAGUGCAUUUCUGUAUUCUUUUGCUCCAUCAAAAUCUCACUGUCUUCAUUCUCUCACGGCCCUGUUGCUGCAUUUUGAGAGGACAAAAUUAAAGCCAAUAUGUUAAUGUUUAGUCGGGUUGAACCCUUUAAUUCUGACCUCUCCACCCCCUUGGGAAUGCCUUACCUGUCAAAUGCACUAAACUGAAGAUUGCCACGCAACCACUCCUACUCUCCACGACCCCUAACCCCUGACCUAUCUCUCUAACCUUACUAACUAGGAAUCUCUCUGGUAGGCUUGCUUGUAUUGUCCAGGGAAUCACACACAGGCACACACAAACCACACAAGGGCACACACACACACACACACACACACACACACACACAGGUACACACACACAGGUACACACACACACACACACACACAGGUACACACACACACUGGUACACACACACAAACACACAGUUCAGCUAAACCCAAAGCAAGAAAGGGGCUUCAGUAAGUACUCUGUGCUCCUUAGUUUUACUGUAAAUAUUUUUGUCUUUUUGUGUGUGUGUGUGUGUGUUUGUGUGUGCGUGCGUGCGUGCGCGUGUGUUGUUUAUAUUCCAUGACAGUGGCGAUGUUACAUGGCGGGCUGUUGAAUGUGAUAGCAUGCUAACGUGUGUAGCAUGGUUGUAGAUGUUUUUAUUUGCAUGAUGUGACCAAUGGCCAAGAGAUAACAUCUCUCUACUCCACACUGACAACCUUCACCUGACUCCUGACAAAGGGAAAACUUUAAGGUGUACUGUUCAGGGGUUAAUUUGGGAUUGGGGUAUGAUAUGUAGCAAAUUUAGGAGGUGGUGUUUUCCGGGGGCUCUUCGGGAUCUGUCCCCACCAUUCUACCACUACCUCCCCCCCUAACACCACAUACCAUAAUCCCUCAGUUUACCAGGCAAGCUCUCAAUGCUUGUUUACAUCAUAGAGAACAAAGUCAUAGAUCUGUAUAAUAGAGGAUGACACAAACCAUAAAUGUAUCAUACCGUAGAACCGUAAAUUCUGCUUAUAAACUGUUAAUGAACAUUAUAAAAGAGAACUGACUUAUGAAUGUUAUCUAUUCGAUUAGGAUCCAAUUUAGUGAUAUAUAUAUAUAUAUAUAUAUAUACAUAUUUAUAUAUAUAUAUAUAUAUAUAUAUGAAUAGUGGUACUAUUUACUGAGGGUUAAUUACUUGUAAUGAUGAUUUAGGAGCCGGUUUAAGGCAGAAUUUUAGUAGAUACACAGUUGCUAAAGUCACUAAAUAGAGUAAAACGUGAUUAUAUCCAACAGCAUCAACACAAAAAAUCUAAUAUUUUUCUACUACUGGAUUGCUUCCACAAUUACUGGCCCUCCAAUGGUGGGCCUCAAUAGGAUGUGUGGUUAAUCUGCCUUGACUUCCUGAAAUUGGUCCAAUUAAAGCCCAACUAUGGAGGAAAUGGCAAAUGCUUAUAUUUUUUAGGACUUCUGUCUCUGCAGUCCUAUAGGGCUGAUUAAAAUGUUUUCCUUUCAAAGAUCUUAUAUAUUCCAGUAGUCAAAUUAGAAGGUUUAGACAAAAAGUAUAGACUUUCAGUAUAAAAACAAUAAAACCCUAUUUUAUUACAGUGCUAAAGAGAAUGUUGCCACUGUUGCUUUUAAAGUCAGAGCUUCUGUUUUAUUUGAUUCAUUUGUCCUGGGGGAAAAUGUGAUAUUUUUCUGUGUUUCUCACAGUCUGACUUAAAUAAUCUACGUUUGUCCAUAAACAAAUAUUUGUUUUAAGUUAAGUAAGUUACUUGUACUGCUUGAGAUAAGGCUUAUGGUCUGAGAUAGGGUAAAAACAGCAUAGGCAUUCAUUUGGACGUGUUUAGAUAUGGACCAAGAUCUGGAAUUAGGUACAAAAAGCGAAUAGUCAAAAUGAAAUUGCCUGCUUGAGGGAUUGUAGUUGACAUACGCCCACCAAACCUCUCCAUCUACAACACCCUAGCAAACAGCAAGCCUACUUGGUGGUACUAGUGCUCAUUAUUGCCCCUAGUGGUUGAUAUUUAAAGCAUCCCCCCAAAUUACUGGGGACCUGGACAAACGUUGAAUAUUGCAGUCUAUCUUGGUGUGAACUAACUGGAAUUCCUGCCUCUAUCUAUCUCCUGCACUGGCUGAUUUGACUUUGUGGGAUGUUGAGACUGGCUUCUGUUUGCUGAAUAGAUAUUUGUUUCUGUUUUGUAUAUUUUUGGUAAAUGAAGUAAAAUGUUCUGAUGUAGUCAGGGUUUUUCUGUUGGUGUUUUAUAUAUUGUUUUUUUUUGGGGCUCCUGACAGACGUGGUCAUUGGAGAUGCAGGCCCGAUGUGUUGUUCUGCUCCACUUGUUUAAGCUGACUGAUAUUGCGUCCGUGCAACAAUGAAACAUUAUUUAUUGCAAAUAUGAAA